UUAAUGCAGUAGAAGCGCAGUAAUAAAUGGCGCAUCUGUAGGAUCAGAUAGUUUGUUUUUGUUGCGGUUGUCAUUUCUAUUGUUCUAGCAUUGAAAGCUCACUUCAGGAGCAUACGCCGGAAAACAAACAUCCAUUCCUUGAAAGCUCAUAUUGUUUAAUGACAAGUUAUCAACAUAAAUAGCAGAAAUGGUUUUGCAUACUAUGAGAAAAGACAGCCUAACAUAAAUUACAUUGAGAUUUUGCAGAAGAUAUGCUUGAAAAUAAUUCCUAUUCCGCCUAGGAAGAAAAUGGAAGCACCUAUUAAUGACUCAAAGAUUGUAGUCCCUUUUGUGCCAUCACUUAGCCACUUAUCUUUUGUAAAAGUAGCUUUUCCAUUGUACAAAGACUUUGAUAUCUCAACUUGGCAAAGCAUCAAUAGAGAAAUCACUCAUGGAAAUCUGCCAGGAUUUAUUGGAGAUAGGUCUGAAAAUCGUCAGGUAAACAAAGCUAAGGAAGAGUUACUUCUCAUUCCUGCACAUUUAAGACUUGGAUUAUUACAAACAAUUUUGGGCUUGCAUUCGACUUUUUUAAAUUGGCUUUCGGAGAAUUCGUGUUUUACUAUUAUACCGAAUAUAUAUACAGUCCUUUACUGGAGAACUGAUGGGACAAUUGACAGAAUUAAAACAGCUCAGCGAUUGCUUCUGUGUAAAGAGAAUAAUAUCGAACAGAGGUUUGAUUUGGCCUGUGCUUAUUUCUUCGAGGAAAGUAUAAAGGCUUUGUGGGUAGAAAUGAAGAAAUCUGGUAAGGCAGACAAACCUUUAUCAGCUUAUAAACCCGUUACAUGUUUUUGGGUUAAAAUGAUGCACCAUAGACAUCAGGUUCCAUGGAUAGAGUCUGUUCAAAAAUACCUCGACCUUAGUGAUAAAUUGCCUGUAAUUCCGUACGCAAGAUACAGUACCUUCUUUCCUCUCUUGAGGCCAGAAGACAGGGUGAAGUUUCUUGUCUCUUUAUGUGAUACUACAACUGAUGAUUUCCGUUUCUGUCUGUAUGGAGCAACUAAAGAAGAAGAAAUGCAACUGUUGAAGAUGGUUCCACGAAAAGUCCUUAUUCCCUAUUUGGAUUGGCCGCUGCAAAGUUUCUUUCUUGCAAUGGCCGAAAGAAUGUGGAAUUUUAUUGAUUGUCGGAUUUUUAAAGAAUUAAUAGAUAUUAUCUUCAAGAAAAAGCUGAAGGAGAAGGAUUUUGAUUAUGGCACACUUUUUAUGGACUUUUGGGAAAGAGGCCCAAAUCACUUGAAGAAAGAGGCAGCAGAAUGUCCAAUUUGGACCCGCAGACUUAAUUUCUACCUUGAUUUUAUAAAGAAGGAGAAAACCGGUGGUCUUCGUGAAUUGUUAGAAUCAGUAAGGGGAAAACUUACAUAUUUCGGUGUGGCGCCAGAACUCCAUCUAACCAUCCAAUGGUAUUAUCUGCUUCAUUCAAAUAAACCAUAAGAUAAUCUUCUUGUAAAAAAAAGUGCAAUAUAUAAAGUUUGAAGAGAUUAUCUACAAACUUAAUUUUUGAAGAUAUUAUCUUCGAAAAAAAAAUGCUUGUGAAGAAGGAUUUUCAUUAUGAUUAACUUUUUAUGGACUUUUGGGAAAUAAGCCCAAAUCACUUCAAGGAAGAGGCAAUGGAAUGACCAUUUUAGUCCCGCAGAAUUAAUUUCUAUUUUGAUUUUAUAAGAUAGGAAAAAAAGGGUGAUCUUAAUAAAUUGAGAGAUUCAAAAAAGGAAAGACAUCCAGAGAAUAUUCACUUUCCAGGUUUGAAUGUGUCGCCCGAACUCUAUAUUGCCCUUUCAAAUUGUCUUCUGUACUUCAUGCUAAUAAACCAGAGAUAUAUGAUAAUCUCCUUGUAAAAAAUGCAAUGUAUAAAGUUUUAUAGCACAUAUGAAACAAUAACUUCAUCAUCCAUAACAUCCAAAACUUUUGAAAAAAUGUGUGAUUUUUUUUUUUUUUUUUUUUUUUUUUCCCCUAACUUCAAAUGGGAUAUAUGGCUUCCAUUUCGCCACCCUGCUGUAACAAUAUUGCUUUGUGACUGCAUAUAGUAUUAACAUCAAUGAUGUUUGUCAGCAUUGGAGUUUGUGUUAAGCAUCUUUCUGUCUAUUUCAUUGCAACAAUUCCUUCAUUUUGUGAAAAAAUUCAUCAAGAAAAAUAAAUAUAUAAAAGCUAUAUUUUAAAUAAUCUUUUGGUUUGUCUAAGGCAAUAUUUGUGGUACUCGAUUUUUAACAAAUGAAGGAUAUUAAUUAUAUAUUUUAAUUCUUGAAAUUUAUAAAUAUAAGCCGUUCAUCACAUCAAUUUAUUAAUGGUGCAUUUUAUCCUCUUAUCCACUAUUUUAUGGUCAAAAUUAAUUAUUUAUAUCGUAAAGAAUUUUUGUAUGAUUUUUAAUAUAAAUAAUACUAUAUAAUUCUCAUCUCCUUUGUGAGGAAAUGCUCUGUUAUUUAUAUCAUAAAGAAUU